UGAAAAAUCUGGUGGAGGUUCAAUGAAGUGGGUGUGAUGUGAGUGAGGCCACAAUUUAUGGUUGAUGUAUCCAAUACAUACCAGAAGGACUCACUCCUUUCCCCAACUCUCACUUAUUUCACAUCAUAAAGGAAAAAAAAGAUUCUGAAAGUAAAAUUGAUUAGCAGUGUCAUGAAUUAACCAACAAUUACUUGCUUCCUUCCUGGAACACUUCAACUCUGUACUGUAAGUCUGUAACAAUAUUAAAACCCUAAACCCUCUUUCUUUUUCUUGGACAGAACAUCUAUGGAUCUCCCGGUACCUAUAUCUCAUUGUACAACUACCUGAACUUAAGCUCAACAGAGUCUCUUGAGUGUUCAAUUACAACACUGUAGUUGACAGCUACUCCUUCUGCACUUAAUACAUAGGUAGUACCUCCUAAGCAGCUGCAAGGAAAACAAGUAAUGUAACGUUUCACUUCAAUGUUAUCAUCUUCUCGCAAGCGCGGUUCUUGAACCAAUGGAUUAGUCUUCUCCUCGAUCUGGGUUUUCCCCCCGCUGCGAUGCACACAUCUGCAUCAGAAAGCAAAUGGAAAUUGACGACCCGAGUUUCCAGUUUCUUUUGAUACAAACAAGAUGGGUGAAGGCUGGCGGGUUCUCUAGGCACAUGGAAUAGAACAGAAGUUUUCCAGAGUAUACACCAAGUGGAAGACAUUCUCAAAUCAUAUCAAAGCAUGGAGUUUGAAAUCCCAUCAUGUCAAGCAUGAAGGAAACCAAACCCCCCAUGCAAAUAUCAUAUCAAAGGCCCCGCAAAAAGAAGAAAUUUAACAUUGGAAUUUAUGUGAAUUAAAACCGAUGACUAGGCUUAUUCAAAGUAGAUGUAUGGAUAUAAAAAAACAAACAAUAACAGUACAGUCACUUAAGGAAGCGAGUAAAGCUCUGGGACCCUCUUCUUAAUCAUAAUAAGAAUGGUAUGAAACUGCAACCAACAAUACAUGAUGCAACAAUAAAUAUUAAUCCUUUUCAGGGAAGACAGUGGAAAGAAGGAAGCUAGGGGGAAAUAAGAGCUAAAGAGAAGCAUCAAAUAGUGAGAACUGCAGUGAACAAUAAGGCAUCCAGAAACAGCAAUACAACCAUUAAAACACGUUAGUCUCCUCUAACUAAAUGCAUCUGCACAAAGUCAUAAAUUUGCAAUUUAAGAGAAAAGUAAACUGGUAGGUAGAGCCACAGUUACUAUUUAUUGGGAUACCAAGAUGGUGCAGUAAAUGACGCACAAAAAUGGAUGAUUCUGAAAACUUGAGCAGCAGAUUAUGUGAAGUUCAUUAUCAGGAUCAUGGCCGGCUACUUACAAGCUGAGUUUUCAGGUUUAAGGUCAACAUAAGUAAAAGUUUCUUCCUUCAAAUGGCACUUCCAAAGAACAACUUCCAUCGGAAUCCAUCUUUCAUUAAGAUUUCAGACCACUUUGAAUGAUUGAAGAUUGGUUAUUGCAGCACAUCAGCAAACAACUAACCAGGUAACACAGUCAUGUAGCAUAUAUGGAUUAGCCAGCCAUCCAUAGUACAUACUCAAAGGACAAAUUUGGCCCCACAUUUGAAAUUUACAGGUUUCUCCAAAGUAUGAGGAAACUAUCUCACCAAAAAGUGUAAUUGGUGAAUGAUACAUCUGAAUACACAUACCAGUACAUUGAUGUGAAUGUGAGUAUACAAACGUCUAGUCGGAAGACACGGAUUCCUGAUCAAGCUGGUUUCUUUGCUCAGCCAAUUCGAUUGCUACUGUAUCAUUCACAACAAAUUUUGCACUUUUGCAUUGUAGCAACUGUUCCUGAAGAUUCUGUACGAGCUCAUUCAGCUCCUGGAUAUUCUUUUCUUGAGAUAGGAUAAUCUGCAGCACAACAUUUUAAAUAACAGAUACUUAGCAAAUUUUAGAACUCCUACAGCACAAUCAGGAGAAGAAUAAGCUCAGUCGUUAAACAAACAACAAGAAGAAACAAGAUGAGAACACAACAAACCAACAAAAGGAAAGAUAGGAUGCAGCAGAAAGUGUUCCAGUUCUUCACUCCCACCUUCUCACAUCAGAAUUAGAAAGGCUGUAUAUGCAACUAAAGUAAUUCCCCCUGGGGCACUUGUUGUCACUAGUUCAAUAGAUAUACUACGACAACAUGACCAACUCCCCCAUCUUAGCUUCCCAAGUUUAGUAAAUUCCUCUACCUGUACAUGCACGUAAAGUUCCAAUCUUUAGUGGCGAGAAUCGCUCCUGGAUCUAAAUGGGAUGACUGGAAAACAUGGCUUCACAAUCCCUCAAACAGCUUACCUAUUUCUUCUACUCGGACUAAUCGGGGAACUAACAAACAAGAUUGAACGGGGUUUCAGCGAAAUGAAAUUUCCAACCUUUUCUUUGACAGCUUCCUUCGCUCUAGAUUUCCAGUCUUCCUUCUCAGAAGAACCCUUAGAAAUCGGUUCGAUUUCGUUUCCAAGCAGCUGCGCCCACUCCAGCUGCGACGUUGAUACGAUGAAUAAGAAGAGUAGAACCACGAUCCACGGUCUCGGCAUUUUUCGCCCACCGCCCAACAGCCAAUGUUUCACCGGCGAACAAAAUUAGCACGCUAAUAAUUCUCGACAGUUGUCCGUGUCUGUCUGUUGGUCGGAGCUCCUCCACCAAACUAUGGCGCAGAAAUUUGGAAUUUUACCGCCGCGAUCCAGAAACUUAGGUCAACUAUCGCCCGUCGCGGUUGAAAUUACAUUUUGAUACCCGUCGGUGGUGGGUUUUCACUUCCAAGUCCAGAUGGAGUAUUUAUCAUUUUAAUGGAAGCUUAAGAGUUCUGAUUAACGCUGAACAGCCAUUAACCAAUUAAGAAAAGGAGUGGAGAGAAAAGAAGAUCAAUAUUCCAGAACCACGGGGAAAGGAAAGGAACAGCCAUGGGAAACUCUCAGUCACCGCCCGCGGCCGCCGAUCGUCGCUAUGCUUCAGCCACUAGAGCUUUCACCCAUACCGAAUUGGACCACCUAAAGUCGCUGUUCGCUUCUCUAGCUGCGAAAUCCAGCAGCAACGGCGAUCACAUCUCCCCCUCGGUUUUCCAGGAAUAUUUUGGGUUGAAGGGUGCUCUUGGCCAGAAGCUGUUCGAUUUAAUUACCCAACCAAGGAAAGAUGGCAGAAUUAAGUUCGAAGAUCUCGUUAUUGCCAAGAGUGUUUACGAGAAGGGGAGUAAAGAUGAAAUUGAAGAGUUCAUCUAUCAGUUGCUCGACGUCAAUGGAGACGGAGUUGUCGAUAGGUCGGAUCUAGAAUCUGCUCUAGUUGCAGUUCUGCUCGGUAUUUUUGGUACAGAAGGUUCUGAACAUGGUCAGGAGACUGUCAAUGCGUUUCUCGAUGCUGCAACUUUCUCUAAGGAAGCGAAUGGUGCUUCCGGAAAGGCCAUGUCUCUUGCGGAUUUUAGAAGUUGGUCUGCUCUCGUUCCAUCAAUCAGGAAGUUCCUUGGGAGCUUACUGAUACCGCCUGAUGCUGGAAGGCCUGGUUCUCAAGUUCCUGAACUAAUAUUCGGAGAAGAGGUCAAUUCCAAUAUGAUCUUACUAAGGAAAGAAUAUGCGUGGCAUAUAGGAGGGGCACUUCCACAGCACGAGCUGGAAGAGUGGAGACUUCUGUACCACAGUACUGUGAACGGUCUAAGUUACAACACUUUUGUCAGCAGCAUCUCGAAUGGUGAGGGACCAACUGUAUUAGUUAUGAAGGAUAAAGAAGGGUACAUCUAUGGGGGAUACGCCUCUCAACCGUGGGAGAGGCAUGGCGACUUUUAUGGCGAUAUGAAGUCGUUCCUGUUCCAGCUCCAUCCCAAGGCUUCGCUGUUCAAGCCAACUGGAGCAAACACGAAUGUUCAAUGGUGUGCGGUGAACUUCAGCUCAGAGAGCAUCCCAAAUGGGAUUGGUUUUGGUGGAAAGGUGAAUCACUUGGGGCUCUUCUUGUCGGCAAACUUCGAUUCAGGGCAUACCUUCAGCUGCACAACAUUCGGCAGCCCAUGCCUUUCCAAGACUAGUCGGAUUGUCCCAGAAGUAGUCGAAUGCUGGGGAGUUGUUCAGAGUAAAAGAGAGCAGGAAAAGAAAGAUGGUCCAAGAGGUACUGUGCUGGAGAGGUUUAAAGAAGAUCGCCACAUGCUCAACAUGGUUGGAAUUGCUAAUUCGAGCAACUAAGAACCCAACUAGCAACCAGCACCAAAUUCUACUGGAGAGAGGGGACAUAUUUCAAGACAACAACAGCAGCAGCUCCAAAUGCACUAUUGCCUGGCAGUUUGACACGACAAGACACUGCUGCCUCGAUCAUGGAUUGUGGCGGGUGUGUUCCAUUUAAAGAGUUGCAUUUUUCGACAUGGAAACAAGUUUUGUAAUUACACCAAUCACAGCAACUUAUGUCGAUACACGAUAGAUUACCAUUUUGCAUCGAGCGAGGACAACCCAUCUAUAGCCUGAUCUGCAUUUGCAGUGUGUUAUCAGCAGAAUCCUAAGAAUCAUUGAUGUGAGUUCAGCAUGCAUUGUCCAAAUACUCCUAAGAAUCAGCUUCUAUCAUCGGCACAAAGCUUGCACCGCGAGAUGCAGGGGUGUCG